GGCUCAGGCGUUUGCAGAUAUUAUAUAAGAACGGGGAGGUUCUUCUCUCAUAGGCUACUUGCUGUUCCACCGAGACUCAACACUUCCCAUAUCUGACUGGAGAGAGUUCAAACACUGCAGCAAUGCAUGCACCGGGCGUGUGCAUGAACAUCGUCAAUGCCCGUCACACGAAAGAUGGCUACGGGACCGUCAGCAACCCUGAGCGGUUUCUCAACCAAGACUUUGAGCAGCUGAAAAAGUAUUGUGUCUUCAAACGGGUAAGGUACAUCGACGACAUGUUCCCCCCUGACAGACGGUCCAUUGGCGAAGGCUUACUGAGCCCUUCUGACCUGAAGAGAGUGGUGUGGCUAAGACCAGCGAAACUUGUUCCCAAUCCAUUUUUUGAAGUUGAUGGGCUCUCCAGGUUUGACUUCGGUCAAGGCAUGGUCGGAAACUGCUGGUUUCUUGCGUCUCUCGGAGCUCUGACUUUCCAGAAAUUCAUCCUUCAGCAAGUUGUUCCUCUUGACCAAAAAUUUGAUGAUGACUACUGCGGGUUGUUCCACUUCAGGUUCUGGAGAUUUGGAAGAUGGGUAGAUGUCAUCGUUGAUGACAAGCUACCAACAAUUGAUGGCAGACCGAUCUUCGCUCACUCCAAAGACCCAACUGAGUUCUGGCCUGCUUUGCUGGAGAAAGCCUAUGCCAAAGUGUGUGGUUCCUACUCGGACAUGAGUUCUGGAACUCCUUCCGAGGCUUUGGUGGACUUCACCGGUGGUGUUCACAUGUGUGUCGAUCUGACAGACCCUCCCAAAAACCUGUGGGAGCUGAUGUCCAGAGCUGGCCAAUCCAAGUCACUGAUGGGCUGUGGUACACCACAGGGGGACACAUCUGCCAACACUGUACUACCAAAUGGAGUGGUCCAAGGUCAUGCCUACACUGUCACGGGUGUGAGACAGAUGAUGAGCCGAGGGCAACCGGUGAACCUGGUGCGUUUGUGGAACCCCUGGGGCAAAGGAGAGUACAAUGGAGACUGGAGUGAUCGGUCGCCUUGUUGGCAAACUGUGAGUCCUCAAGAUCGUGAGAUGUGCCUUGCAGUGGGUGAUGAUGGGGAGUUUUGGAUGAACCUGGAAGACUUCUGUAAGUUCUACUCAGAUCUUGACAUCUGCUGCCUGUGUCCCGACUUCCUUGAUGGAAGCACUUCUUGCCAUUGGAAGACCUCCUUCUACGAGGGCCGCUGGGUUGCAGGAACAACUGCUGGAGGAUGCAUGAAUAACUUCGACAGUUUUUGGACUAAUCCACAGUAUCGGGUAAAGAUUGAAGAAUUACUCAGUGAAUGUUCUGAGCAACAGGGUGAGAAAAACAUGCUGGUGUCUCUCAUGCAAAAGCCUGACAAGAGGAACAGACGCCUGGUCCAAAAUAUCCACAUUGGAUUCUCUGUGUUUGAGGUAACCGAAGAAUUCAAGGCACAGAAGGGGAAGUUCCCAGCCUCUUUCUUCAGAAGCCACGCACCUGUUGCCCAAACUAAAAAAUACCUGAAUGGGCGUGAGGUGAUGGAGUUCGUGAUGCUAAAGCCUGCUGAAUACCUGAUUGUGCCGUCCACCUUCAGUCCCAAUGAGACGGCCUCCUUCAUCCUGACCAUCAUCUCCAAGGCAGAGACGCAUGUCCACGAGAAUUCUGAUGGCCAUAACCACUCAGAUAACGAAGAAGAGCCCAUGCGAAUCGAAAAUGGAGAGGAUGGAGACGACGAAAACAAGAGAAUCUCGUUCCGUCGAAUCGCUGACAAGUAUGAAGAAGUGGAUGCUGAGCAGCUCCAGAGGCUCCUUAAUGAAGACAUCCUGAAAGGAGACUUGAAAUCUGGAGGCUUCAGCAUCGAUGCCUGUCGCAGCAUGGUUGCUCUGAUGGAUACAUCAAUCUCUGGGAAACUGAACGGUGAGGAAUUUGUCCGUCUGUGCAAGAAGAUCGUCACAUACAAGGACAUUUUCUUCAGUUCUGACGUUUCACAAACUGGAUCACUGUCACUGAGUGAGCUGAGGAACGCAAUCAUGGCUUCAGGAAAGAGGAUCAACGAUGACAUGCUGAAUUUGAUGGCUCUGCGCUACGGUGCCUCUUCUGGACACAUAACACUGGAGAGCUUCAUCAAUCUCAUCCUUCGCUUCGACUGCAUGAACCAAAUCUUCAGGCAGUUAUCUAACGCAUCGAUGAACAUCACUCUUCGUGAAUCAGAGUGGCUGUACCUUUCGAUGUACACUUAAGCUGACAGAGAAGAUGAACUGCAGGAUUCAUCUGGAAUUACAGCAGCAGAUGAUGUGAGAGAAAAUAAAUACAAAAGGUGUUAUUUUGCAAAUGAGCUAAUGUUAGGGGUGUAAGAAAAACUGUGUCCUUCCUUCUCCACUUGUCUUUCCUGUCUCUAACUUUCCCACUGCAAAGUUGUUGACAAUGGCAACUUUGCUUACCUGUUAUAGUGGCCAAAAUAUGCAUAGCCUUGAAUACAAUGAAAUAUAACAGUUUAAGACUGUAUCUCAUUACAUAUAUUUUUUUGAGUUAGAAUUUAAAAUAGAUUUAGAGCACUAGAGCACAGCUGUAUCAAAAACACAAUUGGAUCAUGAACACAAAAAAAUAUAGAAUCAAUAAUUAUGUGUAUUUUUACACCCCUUGUAAAUGUAAUGAGAAAUGCGAAAAUGUAAUCUAUUCCACUUUUUUUAAAUGUACUUGUUAGACUCUCUGAUGUACUUCAUUAAUUCUUUUGUGGAUUACUUUUUUUUAAUAAUAAUAAUCAAUUAAUUGGUUUGAGGGUUGAUUGUUUAACAAAAAAAGAGUAAAAAAAACUUGAAUAUUUUCUGACAUUUUAUAGAGCAUACAAAUAAUUGAUUAAUCGAAAAAAAAUUGAGAUGAAUCGACAAUGAAAAUAAUCAUUAGUUGCAGCUCUAGAUACUGCGUUUUUUCUGUUUUACUGUAAGGUGGGAAUAUUUUGUUUUGUUUUUUUAGCCAUGCUAGCGUCAGUCAGCCCACCAUUUAAUAUCUAUUGGUUGGAUUGUCAUGACAUUUGUUUCACACAUGUAUGUUCCCCUCAGAAUGAAUUGUAAUCACUUUGAUGUGCCUUUGACUUGUCAUUUAGUGCCAUCAUCAGGUCAAAAAUUUAAUUUGUCCAAUACAAUAAAUCAUUUUUCAUUAAUUAAUUUAGGGCUAAUUGGCAAACGUUAGCAUCCUGACAUACUAAACUAAAAUGACCAUGGUAAACGUUAUACCUGCUAAAUAUCAGCAUGUUAGCGUUGACAUUGUGAGCAUAUUGGCAUGUUGACAUUAGCAUUUAGCUCAAAGUGCCAAUUUGCCGAAGUAGAGCCUCACACAGCUGCUAGUAUGGCUGUAGACUAGUCUUGAUAAGUGAUAAGCUAGUCUCUCUGAUGGGAUAUGGUUACAGUUUAAGUAGGUUAAUAAAGCAUUUUCUGUUUUAGGUAGGAAUGGAAUUUGUACUUUUAUACAAUAAAGACAUUAUUCAAACA